CUGAGGGGGAGAAAUGGCUCGAUGUGAGCAGAAAGUUACCAUCCUUCCCCUCCCUCCAUGCGAGCUCCCUCCUCGUGGAAGCUCAUAUAAAGAGUCUCCAGGAGUCCCGUCCUAACAGACCCUGCAGAGGAGCAGCACCGUGACUGUAACUCCAGCUUUCUACACCAGAUUUUCUCUCCUGGAGGAACAUGAGAGAGUGCAUCUCCAUCCAUGUGGGCCAGGCGGGGGUCCAGACGGGAAAUGCAUGCUGGGAGCUGUUCUGCUUGGAGCACGGCGUCGGUCCGGAUGGAGUCUUCCUGGACGAUCCCGCCGAGCCCAACUCGCGAGAAGAUCCGUUCAACACGUUCUUCAACACCGGCAGCUUUGGCCGCCACGUUCCGAGAGCGAUCUACGUCGACCUGGAGCCUUCGGUCAUAGAUGAGGUGAGGGUUGGGAAGUACAGGGAACUCUUCCACCCUGAACAGCUGAUCUCUGGAAAGGAAGACGCAGCCAACAACUACGCCCGAGGUCAUUACACCGUCGGGAAGGAGAUCAUCGACGGAGUCAUGGAGCGAAUUCGGAAAAUGACGGAUCAGUGCACCGGUCUGCAGGGAUUCCUGGUCUUCCACAGCUUCGGAGGGGGCACCGGUUCAGGUUUCACCUCUCUCCUGAUGGAGCGUCUGUCGCUAGACUACGGCAAGAAAGCAAAGCUGGAGUUUGCCGUGUACCCAGCUCCCCAGGUGUCCACGGCGGUGGUGGAGCCCUACAACGCCAUCCUGACCACCCACACCACCCUGGAGCACUCCGACUGCGCCUUCAUGGUGGACAACGAGGCCAUCUACGACAUCUGCCGGCGCAACAUGGACAUCGAGAGUCCGGGAUACACCAACCUCAACAGACUGAUUGGUCAGAUCGUGUCCUCCAUCACGGCCUCGCUCCGUUUCGACGGCGCCCUAAACGUCGACCUGACGGAGUUCCAGACCAACCUGGUUCCAUUCCCUCGCAUCCACUUCCCUCUGGUGACUUAUUCGCCCAUCAUCUCUGCGGAGAAGGCGUACCACGAGCAGCUGACCGUGUCCGAGAUCACCAGCUCCUGCUUUGAACCGACCAAUCAGAUGGUCAAAUGCGAUCCUCGUCAAGGCAAGUACAUGGCCUGUUGCAUGCUGUACCGAGGGGACGUCCUCCCCAAAGACGUGAACGCCGCCAUAGCAAGCAUCAAGACCCGCCGCUCCAUCCAGUUUGUUGACUGGUGCCCGACUGGAUUCAAGGUGGGCAUCAAUUAUCAGCCUCCAACUGCAGUCCCUGGAGGCGACCUGGCCAAAGUUCAGCGUGCUGUGUGCAUGCUGAGCAACACCACCGCCAUUUCUGAGGCCUGGUCCCGCCUCGACCACAAGUUUGACCUGAUGUACGCCAAGCGUGCGUUUGUUCAUUGGUACGUGGGCGAGGGCAUGGAGGAGGGGGAGUUCGCGGAGGCCAGAGAGGACCUGGCCUGCCUGGAGAAGGAUUAUGAGGAGUUGGGCCGGAUGAGUUCCGACUCUGAAAACGACGAUGAAGAAGUCUAGUGCUACGUUCACACUGGACAAGCAGGGAGGGGCUUCUUCUUCUCUUUCUACAGUUUACUAGCGCAUGUCCGCCACCUAUAGUUGAAAGAGGCUUGUGGGAAAUGUCGAAGCGGAGAUAAUUUUGCCUCAGGUUUAUUAUUUCAUUUGGUGAAAGACACGUAUAAUUCUGGCCGAACAAAAACCACAAUUAUCAAUUUCUCCCCGUGACUUAAAGGGGACGUCAUCCAUACGUCACUACCAAAUCCAAGUCCCUGAUUGGUCAACCUGGUUUGACUUUCGCAGAUUUUGUAUGUAGAGUCCACUGUAAAUAGCUACGUAUGAACGUGAGAGUUUUAAAUACGCAAACCUGAUACACACAUUUACGCAUUUUAUCAAAGACUUUUCACUGGAAGUGAUGGUUUGAACGCGCACUGCAGAGGGCGGCGUGAUUUCAUCCUAACACCACAGUCAGACUAUUCUCCCGCUAAACCACAGAAAGGAAAUUUCUGUCUAAUUUGUACAAAAUAUACAGUAUCUUCUAGGUUUUUAUUUAAAUCUGAAACCUUUGGAAAUAGUUACCUAUGAUGUCACAUUAUUAAUUUUUAGUAACCAUAAAAAAUGGGUAUUAUUAUACUUCAAAUGACGAUUUUCUCUUAACUAAUAAAGUUUUUUUCUUCUCGUUGUUGUUUACAUUUUACAUCAAAUAAAGAUUU